AUGGAUUAUACCGACACGCCAGACUUCGAAGAAAACAAAAAUUCGACCAAUGGUUCGAGCUCUUCGCUGAUUGGUGCUACUACUGCGGGAGGCCGCUCAGUGGUAUAUCAGAUGACGUCUUUUUAUCUCAGAACGCCUCUCAAACUAUUCCGACCGGCGCGCUUCGAUUAUUUGCAUUAUUUGCGUGUGCUUUUGGUAGGCGACGACCGAACAGGCGUAUCUCAAAACCAGCAUAAGCAUCCUUCAGCGCUAGGAUCUGCUUUCAAGCCACAUACAUGGAGCCCAAGGUAUCUGUACUAUUUGGAAAAUACCUCACUUGGUCUUCUCACCAAGGGUCUCAACAAGUAUGGCUGGAGGGUAAUUCCAGAGAGGGUGCUUCCUCCACUAAUAGCCAAUUCAGCAGCAGGUGUACUUCUUUACACUACUUAUCUCAGUACCUUGAACUGGUUUUCUCAGACGGCACCACACAACAGUAGCAGCACCACCAGCACCAGCACCAGCACCACCAGCAAUUCCGUGCAUCACAGCCCUUGGGAUGUAAUUCGUGCUGGGUUUCUAGCUGGUGCGGCCCAGGCGCUUGCCUCUGCUCCAAUCGAUGCGAUCUAUACUAGGUCCAGCGUUGAACAACUUUUAACGAACGCCAAGAAGUACGACAACCUCUGGGUGUACGGCUUCAGGAAACUACAAGAGAUCGGGCUGGUGGGCUGUUUUGGCGGCUUUGGACUUUCACUUGUAAAAGAGUGUCUCGGCUUCGCUACAUACUUCACAGUUUUCGAAUUCCUUAAGGGACAAGUUUGCCAGUGGACCAUCGAUUGGAUCAAGAAUUACCGUGAGCUCAAACUUCAAAUACGACAAAGUAAAUUGGCGAGGAUGUUUCAAGACGACUCGGAUGAAGACUUUGUAUCCCAGUCUUUGAAUUUGAUGAGCGCUAAAGAAGAAAAGCGCUUCCAUCAAGCGUUUGUCUUUGUUGGUGGAGUAUCCGCAGCUUUUCUUCUACAGGUCAUUCAAUUCCCCUUUCUCAAACUACAGAAGAUACACCUUUCCAGGCUGGAAGCGUUCGACAUAUACACUAAGGCGACCUCCGUCUUGUCCAAAAAUGAAAACUUACAAGCCCAAGUUGGCUCUAGCGGUGCGACGACAAGAAUCCAAUUAAAGCCCACAAAUCAGAGAUUAUUCCACAUUUACUACCAUUCUUACCUUGAUACUUUCCAGCACGUUCGAUUUCUCCAAAGGAGCACUGGGGCCACAUUCAAAUGGUUAUACAAAGGAUUUUUCAGAAACACGUUGGCUAUUAUUCCGGGCACUACAGCAGGUUUGUUAUGCCUGGAGCUCAUGAGAAAUAAACUAGGCGAACCGUCAUUGGAACUCGCCGGAGGCCGCGACAGGUCAGAGCGAUUACAAUGUUAG